AUGCGUCUCCUUCUCAUCGCGCCUCUCUUCUCUGCUGUCUCUUACGGAGCACAGGCUACAAAUUCAUCUAUCUCUAUAUGUCCCCCGGCUACCAAGCCCGCCAAUGCCUCCGACGCAAUUCCAGCCACGUUUCCUGGAUAUGCAUUUGAGGAGUCCUCCUUUGUAUAUUACGCGGGAAAUAAGACGAAUCCCAACCGUAUCUCUCAAAAUCUGAUACGGGCAGUUUCGCAGAAGACCAAAACUCGCCCGGUCAUCCGAGUGGGAGGGACAUCGCUGGACCGUGCCACAUACGAUCCAAAUCUAUCCGACCCCAUCUACAAUCCCGAUCCGAACAGCGGCAUUCCGACACACUUGAAAAUUGGACCGUCCUUCUUCGACCUUUUUGCCAACUUUCCGGAGGCAAAAUAUGUCAUUGAUAUCCCCAUGUACCAUGAUAAUCUGAGCAACUCCAUCCUGUUCGCUGCUUCAGCGAACAAAAGAAUCGGCGCAUCCAACAUCUAUGCCUGGGAGAUUGGUAAUGAGCCUGACAACUACGGGAAUACUGGCGCGGAUUGGAACGAGAAACAAUUCAGCGAGAAGUGGGGAAAUUGGUCCAAGGCUAUAUCGAAAGCGCUCAACGCUUCAUUAGAUUCACAAACCUACCAGGCCGUUGCCUUGUCCUCACAGACUGGGGUUACUGGUACACCUGGCGGGGAUGCAGACUCGUGGAAAAUGUACGUCCUCUCGCUCAUGGUGUUUCAAGGUGAUACUUACCAGAAGAAAAUUCAGAGGGGAGAUUUUUAA